GUCUUAUUACAGCCGACCUGUCUACUCUAAUCUUCUCCGACGGUCGACGAACGACUUUGACAGUUCCAGCCACCUUCGCCUCGCCAGAGUGGACUUUUAGAAUGGUGGCGAUCACCCGGCCGGUCUCGCCUCCUCUGCUCGCUCGCCGUCUCCUUCGCCGCCACCCCAGCACACAAACCGUCAGCUUCGCGGGCGUCCGGCCCCUAAUCAUCCCCACAGAAAGCAGUGGCCACUUCCGCCGCCGCCGCUGCCAAGUCUCCCAGUCCAGCGAGCCCCCCACCCCAGUCUCGGACCCCGGAACUCCCCACGAUGACGACGACGACUCCCUCCGUGUCGCCUUCGUGUGCGGCGGUGCGGGGGGCCACGUCUACGCCGCGUUCGCGCUCGCCGACGAGCUCCGCGCCUCGCUCCCCUCCUCGCGCUCCCUCUUCCUCGGCUCCCCCGCCCCGUCCCUCGAGGCUGCCAGCGCCGCCUCCUCCUCCUACCCGUUCGUCCCCAUCCCGCCCUGCCUCCCCCGCGCCUUCCUCGCCGCUGCGCUGCACCUCCGCCGCUUCCGCCCCCACUUCCUCGUCGCCACCGGCGGGCCCCCCGCCCUCCCCACCUGCAUCGCCGCGCUGCUCCUGCGCCUCCCUUUCGUCAUCCAGGACCAGGACGCCGGCCCCGCCCCCGCCACCCGCCUCCUCGCACCCCUUGCCCAACGCAUCUUCCUCGCCUUCAACGCGCCCGUCCGCCUCCUGCCCAAACGCAAGUGCGCCGUCUACGGGAACCCUGUCCGCAUGUCCAUCCGCGAUUGCCAGGUGCCCAAGGCCGCCGCCAUGGCACGUUUCUUCCCCGGGGCCGGGCUAGUUGGUGAGGAGGGGGCGGAGGUCCUGCUCGUGCUCGGCGGGACGGUGGGGUCGCCGCAGAUCAAUGUGGCAGUGCUUAACAUGUACUACGAGAUGCUGACGACAAAGAAAAAUAGGUACAUUAUAUGGCAGACGGGGCCGGAGGAUUUCUGCGAGAUGGAGAGCCUCGUCAGGGGCCAUCGCCGGCUGUUUCUCACCCCGUUCUUGCGUGAGAUGGACAUCACAUAUGCUGCUACGGACGUUGUAGUUUCACGAGCUGGUUCAGUGUCUUGCACUGAGAUAUUGGUCACUGGGAAACCGGCAAUUCUGAUACCCUUGCCAACAAUUGUGGAUGACCAUCAAACGAAAAAUGCAUAUAUCAUGGCCGAUGUCAUGGGAGCAAAGGUCAUAACGGAAGAUGAACUUGAUUCUAGUAGUCUAACAUAUACAAUUGAUGAAGUUUUUGGUAAUGAGAAAUUGAUGGCAGAGAUGUCUCAGAAGGCACUAUAUGCAGCUCGACCAAAUGCUUCGGCUGAUAUCAUUCGUCACAUCUGUUCGCUAAUUGGUCCUACGAACCCGACAUAAAUCUCGUUUUACACACCAGCAAGAACUCUUCAUUGCAGUAAUCCUGAGUUGCUGUGCAGUAGAAUGGCAUCUGGUCCUUGAGGUGGAGACUGAAGAUCCAAUUAAUAUAUUUAAUGACCCAGUUGAACGAAAAAGUAAUUUGGGUUAGAAAAGAUCUGGAAUGGUGCCUCCAGGUAGCGCUCAGUUAGGCUGUCACCUUUACACUAUGUGGGUAAAGAUAGAUUGCCAACUGUUAGAAAAUACAUCAUAGACUUGAUGGCAUGCAGUUAAACUGUAGUGUGGCUCCGUUUCUGAAUGUAAAACUGACUCAAGGUUUCAAAUCAUUGGAGUUUGCAAUUGCCUUAUUACAUUACCCUGAUACUUGGCAAUAAAAGAGAAAGGUAUAUUUUUGAUCCCUCGUGAUGAGGGGAGGA